UGACCAGAUCACGUGGUACAAAACCGAAGUUUAGCACUAUAAACGCAAGCUAGCGAAAUGCGUAGGUAACAAAUAUAAAUUAAAACUUUAAAUCUGUGUACGAUGUCAGAGUCAAGCCCUGAGCUUAAUGAUUAUUUAGAGGGUAGGAUUUCCUUCGAGGAGUUCGAGAGACGGAGAGAGGAGCGAAUUAAAGCGAAGCGAAAGGUCCAGGAGGAUGGAGAAGAUGGUUCUGAUGAGAAUAAUGAUGCUGUUCCCAGUACAUCCGUUCAGACCUGCAAACCAACACGUAAACCUCACACAGUCAGUGCAGAAGAAGGAGUCAGCCCGAGUGUUCAGAAAGCCUUCGCCUCCAUGCUCGGGGAGGAUGAGGAUGAUGAUGAUGAGGAGGAGGAGGAGCUGGAGGAUGAAGAGGAUGGCGAUGCGGAGUGGAAGGACAUCGGGCAGCACUAUGCAGGAGAUGGCGGCAGCAGCGAGGUGACCCCAGGGGACGUGUUCGCUCUGGAGAUGGAGCUGAACCGCGAGAACAAGAAGAUGAUGAAGGAAAGGCGAUCACGCAGUAAGCUCCCUCGUGCCCUCCGAGGCCUGAUGGGUGAGGCGAACAUCCGCUACGCUCGUGGAGAGAAGGACGACGCCAUCCUGAUGUGCAUGGAGAUCAUCCGCCAAGCUCCUCUGGCGUAUGAGCCGUUCUCCACUCUGGCGAUGAUCUACGAGGAUCAAGGGGACGCUCAGAAGGCGCUGCAGUUCGGCCUGAUCGCCGCGCACCUCAACCCGAGCGACUGCGACGAGUGGCUGAAGCUGGCCGACAUGUCGCUGGAGCAGGAGAACAUCAAGCAGGCCAUCAUCUGCUACAGCAAAGCGAUUAAAUAUGACCAGACUAACGUGCGCUACCUGUGGGAGCGCUCAAGUCUGUACGAACAGCUGGGCGAACACAAACAGGCCAUGGACGGCUACCGGCGCAUCCUCACCCUGCUGCCCCCUACUGACGGAGAGCACUUCAUGCAGCUGUCACGCGACAUGGCUAAGAGCUACUACGAGAGCAGCGAUUUGCCCUCAGCUAUCGGCGUGAUGGAGGAAGCUCUGUCCAGGCAUCCCGAGCUCGUCACACCCGAGUGUGUUAACAUGGCGGCCGAGCUCUACAUAGCCAACCACCAAUAUGGCAAAGCCUUAGAGAUCUUGAUUAAAUUUUGCGGAAUCGUACUGGAGAGAGAGGCCACCAAAGAGGAAGCGGGGAAUCAGGAGGAAUUGAAGGAAGAGGCCAUGGACGCCUCGACAGAAGCAAAAGGAGACAUUUUGGAGGUGCUGGUGCCUGAUGAUGUUCCUAUAGAUAUCAGGGUGAAGCUCAUGGUGUGUCUGAUCCAUCAAAAUGUCUUCAAGCCUUUGAACCCAAUGGUGAUGUCGAUGAUGGAGCAGAGUCCAGAGGAGUUGGGUGAUCUGUAUCUGGACGUGGCUGAGGCCUUCAUGGAUAAGGGCGAGUAUGUUUCUGCCCUGCCCCUGCUUGGUGCGCUCGUCUGCUCUGAGAGAUACAACCUCGCCGUAGUGUGGCUCCGACAUGCAGAGUGUCUGAAGGCCCUUGGACAUUUAGAGGUGGCUGCUAAGAGCUACAGUAAGGUGGUGGAGAUGGCGCCUCUGCAUCUGGAGGCACGUCUGGCUCUCUCCACCUUGCAGCAGCAGCUGGGUAGACCAGAAUCUGCCCUCAAGGCGCUGGAGCCCAUGUACGACCCCGACACUCUGGCUCAAGACUCGUCAGCAGCCCAGCAGGAGCUGAAGUUGUUGCUGCACCGCUCCACACUUCUCAGAUCUCAAGGCAGAACCUAUGACUACAUAGACACUGUGCUGACCAUGCUGUCCAUGCUGCUUAAGGUGGCGAUGGUAAGAGCUCAGGUGUGUCUGAUCGCUAACACAUCUUCAGGCACCAGGCACUUGCGCCUUAUCAGAGUGUCCAAGAACACGCUGUCUGAAAUCGAGGACCAGGAAGCGGCUUACUUGGACGUGACAGGAAAAACCAGCGUGCUGUCGCGAGAGGACUGGUGGAGUCUGCUGGUAAACUGCCUCAAUGUACUGUGUGAGGAGAAACGCUACACCGAGGCAGAACUCCUCGUUGACUCGUCUCUCGAGUUCUACUCGUUCUACGAUGACCGUGUCAAACGCAAAGAGCUCGAGUACCUGGGCCUGAGCGCCGCCUUCCUGGACCGCAAUUUCCGUAAAGCGUACGACUACAUUAGGUUGAUGCUGAUGUACACUGUAGAGCGAGCUCAGCUGUGGAACAUCUUCAGCCAGGUGACCCUUCACUCACAGGAUGGACGCCAUCACCGCUUCUGCCUGCGCCUCAUGCUGAAGAACCCGGAGAACCACGCGCUAUGCCUGCUCAACGGCCACACCUCGCUCGUCUCCGGGACCUUCAAACACGCCCUGGGUCAGUAUAUGCAGGCGUUCAGGAAUCAGCCGUGUCACCCUCUGCACAGCCUGUGUGUGGGCCUCACCUUCUUUCACAUGGCCUCACAGAAGUUUGUCACCAAGAGACACCCGCUGGUGCUACAGGGUUUCUCCUUCCUGUGGCGUUACGUGGAGUUCAGAGGUCAUUGUCAGGAGAGUUUGUAUAAUUUAGGUCGUGCUUUGCAUCAGCUCAGUCUGGCCCAUUUGGCCAUCCACUACUAUCAGAAAGCCCUCAGCUUACCACCUGUCAAACUGGAGGGCAUUGAGGACGAUCAGGUGGACCUGCGCAGAGAAAUCGCCUUCAAUCUUUCACUAAUAUACCAAGCUAGCGGCAACAUGGAAAUGGCCCGCUACUACAUACACACAUAUUGUGUUAUCUAAGUGUGUGUGUGUGUGUCAGAGACCAAAAUGUAUAAUAGUAUUUUCUACUUUAAUAAAGUUAUUUAUUAUUGUUGAUA